CAAUUAUUCUUACAAAACUUAACUCGAAAGCUCCCCCGAGUUUCAACUUUUUGUUCUCUCGUAUCUCUUUUGUCCUGUGAUUUGAUUAGAUCGAUCCGAAACUGUAACUGGAGAGAGAGAGAAGGAAGAAGAAGAUAUGGGUUGUGCUCAAUCCAAGAUCGAGAACGAAGAAGCCGUUACUCGCUGCAAAGAGCGCAAACAGUUCAUGAAAGACGCCGUCGUCGCCCGUAACGCCUUCGCCGCCGCGCACUCCGCUUACGCCAUGGCCCUCAAGAACACCGGAGCCGCUCUCUCCGAUUACGCUCACGGCGAGUUUCUCGUCUCCAAUCACCACCACUCUUCCUCCGCCGCCGCCGCAGCUUCCUCUCUUCCCACCGCCGUAUCUCCUCCUCCGCCUUCCUCCGCCGCCGCGAUUUCUAACUCCGUCGCGUCGUCCUCCUCCGCCGCCGGCGAGAUCCCUCAGCCUAUGCCGGAUACCCUCCCGCCGCCGCCUCCUCCGCCGCCGCCUCCUCUCCAGAGGGCUGCCACCAUGCCGGAGAUGAACGGUAGAUCCGGCGGUCCGUCGGGGAGUGGACUCAGCGGGACUAUAAUUGAGGAGGACGACGACGGCGACGAUGACUCCGAGGUGGAGAAUCACGACCGGUUGGUUAGGAAGUCGAAGAGCCGCGGUGGUAGCAGUAGAGGCAGGCCGAUGAUUGAUGACGAUCGCCACCACCACCAUAACCAAGAAGCUCCUCCUCCGCCUCUGCCUCAAUCCAUGGCGGCGAAUCCAAGGCCGAUUCCACCGCCACGUCAGCAUCAGCAACAAGAGCACUUGGUGUACGAUUACUUCUUCGCGAGUGAGAACAUACCUGGAACUACCUUAGAAGACACUCCUCCUCCGCAGGCCAAACCUGCGCCUCCUCAGCCAGCUUCACCGUCCUCAGAGGAAGAUGAUGAACUAGAAGAGGAGGAGGAUGAGCCGGUGGUUGAACGGAAACCUCCCGUGGUCGAGGAAAGGCCGAAGAGAGUGGAGGAACCGAGUGUGGAGCUUGAAAAAGUUGCUAACUUUAGAGGAGGGAUGAAGAAGCCCAUCGGCGGAGAGAGGAGGGGAGGAGGGAGGUUUCCGGCGACGGCGACGGCGACGAACUUGGCUAAUGUAUUCAAUGAGCUUGAUGAUAAUUUCUUGAAAGCUUCUGAAAGUGCACACGAGGUUUCCAAGAUGCUUGAAGCCACCAGGCUCCAUUACCACUCUAAUUUUGCUGAUAACAGAGGCCAUAUUGAUCACUCUGCUAGAGUGAUGCGUGUUAUUACAUGGAACAGAUCGUUUAGAGGAUUACCAAAUACUGAUGUUGGGAAAGAUGAUUUUGAUUCUGAGGAGAAUGAAACUCAUGCUACUGUUCUUGACAAGUUGCUAGCAUGGGAGAAGAAGCUCUACGACGAAGUUAAGUCUGGUGAGCUCAUGAAGAUCGAGUACCAGAGAAAGGUCGCUCAUCUAAACCGGGUAAAGAAGCGAGGUGGCCACUCAGAUUCACUAGAGAGAGCCAAAGCAGCAGUUAGUCAGCUGCAUACACGAUACAUCGUCGACAUGCAGUCCAUGGACUCCACAGUCUCAGAGAUCAACCGUCUUCGAGACGAACAACUCUACGUCAAGCUCCUCCACCUCGUCGAGGCAAUGGGUAAGAUGUGGGAGAUGAUGCAAAUGCAUCACCAGAGACAAGCCGAGAUCUCCAAAGUAUUGAAAUCACUAGACAUAUCGCAGGCGGUUAAAGAAACAAACGAUCACCACCACGAACGCACCAUCCAGCUCCUGGCCGUGGUCCAAGAGUGGCACACGCAGUUUUGCAGGAUGAUAGACAAUCAAAAGAUGUAUAUAAAGUCACUCGGCGGGUGGCUGAAGCUGAAUCUCAUCCCUAUAGAGAGCACGCUCAAGGAGAAAGUAUCUUCGCCGCCACGUGUCCCAAACCCCGCUAUACAGAAGCUUCUCCACAUUUGGUACGACCGGUUAGACAAGAUCCCCGACGAGAUGGCGAGGACGGCGAUCAUCAAUUUCGCGGCGGUUGUGAGCACGAUAAUGCAGCAGCAAGAGGAGGAGAUGAAGCUGAGGGAUAGGUGCGGGGAGACGAGGAAGGAGCUGGGGAGGAAGAUCAGGCAGUUUGAGGAUUGGUACCAUAAGUACAUGCAGAAGAGAGGGCCUGAGGAUAUGAAUGCGGACGGGUCUGAAGCGGACAACGAGCAUAAGGAUGAGGUUGUCGUGAGGCAGUUCAACGUGGAGCAGAUUAAGAAGAGGUUGGAGGAAGAGGAAGAGGCUUACCAAAGGCAAAGCCAACAAGUUAGAGAGAAGUCUAUUGCUAGUCUUAGAACUCGUCUUCCCGAGCUGUUUCAGGCAAUGUCUGAGGUUGCAUAUUCCUGUUCGGGUAUGUAUAGAGCGGUUGUUGCGUAUGUGACUCAGCGGCAAAGCCAAAACGAAAGGCAUCAGAAAUCAUCAAGCCAGGGACAAACUUCGGUAAGAACCGAUGUAAGAGCAGAGUGAUGUCUUUGUUUUUUCCUUUGGUCUGAAUUUUUCAGUACCCCCAUAUACAGCUUAUAGCAUAUAGUUAUCAUUGUUUCUUUAAAAAAUAUUAUGUUUUGGGGUUUUAUAAGGUUUGUUACGUCUGAGAUAUAUUUAUAGACUUGAUUCCUAGUGAAUCGUUCUUGGUUAAUAAGAGUCUUAGUACUGAUAGUGUUGCAGUUGUAAUUUUGUACAGGGAUAAAUCUUUGUAAUGACUAUUUGCAAACCUA